AACAACAACAACUAGCACACGUAGAAAUUAUGAAGAGUUAAUUUUAUCUAAGAUCUUAUCGGUACAUAACAUUAAUUUUAUUUUACUGCUAACCAACUGCUAUUGUCUCAACUUUUUUUGUGCAUUUUUUAUUUUUCAAUCAGAUCUUGUUGAAAAACUGCAUUAUUUGGAUCUGUUGUUUACAAUUACGGAGAAGAUGACAGAAACUAGGCAAAGAAAAAAGGAAAAGAAUCCAACUUCUGAAAAUGGGAAUGAUCAAUUGCCAUCCGAAAAACAAGAAAAUAAAAAGAAGCUUUCAUCAAGACUACUGAAGAUAAAAGAAGCUCAGUCAAAGGGUGUUUUUGGUCAUUUUCUCACGCUGUGCAAGUUCUUGAUUUUUCUCGCGGUGAUUCCACCCUUCCUGAACUAUGCUGCUCUUCAGAGGGAGUCUGAAGCCUUGAAACCAGAUGGUGAAUUAUAUGACAUUGGCUGGGGACAGAAGCUGCUUCUUUCGUGUCAGGGCAAGGGGUCUCCCACAGUUGUGCUUGAUGCCCCGACCGGAAUGAGCUCAGACGCGUGGGCUCUGGUGGCACCUAAAAUUGCAAAGUACACAAGGGUGUGUAUUUAUGACAGAGCAGGAAUAGGAUUUAGUGACCGGCCGUUUUAUAAUUCAACAGAAGGGAAUGGGUCGGAAAAGAAAAGUAAUUACAGAAAUAGAUGGACGCCAUUUACAGCUGAAAGGAUGGUAGAGGACCUACACCAGCUGAUUUCCCGUAGCAGUGAUCAGCCGAAGCCUUUCCUGCUGGUAGGGGCUGAAUUAGGGGCCCUGGUGGCCCAGUUCUAUGCAAGAAUGUUUGAAAGUGAAGUGAUGGGACUGGUUCUGAUAAAUCCCCUGUCAGAAGAUGUGUUCCAGCAGGACAAUGGUGUCUGGAUUCACAGCUGGUUUGGUCACAUGGUCCCGUCCUUCCAGACGAUUCAGCUGGGCGCAGCUAUAGGCAUCACACGUCUUGCCAUCAUGAUGGGCUACUUACAGCAUCCGAUGUCACGAGUUGUCGAUCUCUUGGAUGAUAAUAUUGACAAACGACAGAAAUAUUUAAUGUGUUACCCGAAGCAUCUCAGUUCAGUAGUGGAUGAGCAUCAUUUUAUGAAUGAAACGUUCUCCCAGUUUAGGACUGCAAAAACUAUCAAAUCCAUUGCGAGGAAUAUUUCUGUGACAGUGAUCACUGGGAAUUAUUAUGACGAGCAGAUGCCUGGCCCACUUAACAAGGCAUGGGCGAAGUCAGAACAGAAUCUAAUCACGAACACCUACCCUCACAGCCAUCACAUAGUCGUGAACGGUGGAGACCGACAUUUACUGUACGAGAAAUCAGAUGCGGUGGUGGAACCGAUCCGGAAGAUCGUGAAACAGUGGCGUUCUAAACAGAAUGCAAACAUUGAUAAUGCCAAGUCUAGCUGAUGAAGGAAUGUGAAUAAUAAUACAUAAUUCUAAAAAGGCAGCAUUAAUGUAUAUUUUAAGUGUGUUUAAAGUUUAAUCAGUCUUAGUGAUUAGUAAAAUAGUGUUCUAUGGGAUUUGAAUGUUGUUUGUAAUUUGUAUAACAUUGAAAAUUUGCUCAUUGUGACUGUGGAGUCACUAAUUUUCCUAGAGGUUUUUAUCUUUUUGCUCCCUCCAUUGCACAGUUAUUUGGCCACAGCCAAUAUUUACCAAAUAAACAAUAAGUCAUCAUGCCUCCACUCCAGAGUACAUUCUCAUUCCUGUGUAAUGUAGGAAGUAAAUUGUUAAUAAAAUAAACAGGGUGUUGUCAACAUACAAUAUACUGAAUAUCCAUAUAUAAAUUGUAAAUAUGUAUGGUAACAAAAAUGCAAUUAAUUUAAAAAUGUGUAAAUUAAAUUCUGAAUCGUCCAAACUCUACCAGAUUGUUUAUGUUCUUAUGACGUAAACCUUGAUUAACGAAAUAAAUGCACCUGCAUUGUAUGUUUAUCCUUAAAAUGGAUGAACGUAAUUCUGACAUGUACGUUUUGUGGACUCCGUGCGCCUUGUAAUGAAAAAAAACAAAACCAUGCAUAGAUCAUUCAGUAAAAAGACCUCAAAUUUACACAUGUUAACAUAUUUGAAUAAGGUAAUGAAGUUUGGUAAAGAUACAGUUAAAAGUUAAAGAUAGAAAUAAUAGAUCUGACACGUUGAAUUUUGCAUUUUUCUUUUUAAAAAGAGCAUUAACUCAGAAGUGCCUGGCUCAAUUUUAAUGUUCAUUGUUCUUGCCCUCCAUUUUUUGUCAACAAAUUUUGGCAUAAAGUUUGGUGAAGAUUCAAAUAAAAUGUCAAGAGAUUGGAAA